UUGAUUCAGCUGAAGAUAAGUGGAAGCGGUUUUAUUCCACGGAAAUGGUUCGAUCGGUGCUAAUCGUGGUGCUUUUAUUGAAUGUCAUCAGUGGAGUUUGGUGUAUAUUCGGUUUAAAAGUUGAUGCACCGAACAUCAGCGAUAAGAUUAUUGAAGCAGUGAACUCAACGGCAGAAUGGACUUAUGAUCCUCUGAAUUCAAUUACAAAAAUUGAAGCAGCCAUUGAUAGCAGUGGAACUCUCGGUGCACUUCUUGAUAUAUCGAAAAAUAUUAGUGACCACAUGAUACCUCUAAUGGAUACAAUUUACAGAGGAGCCAGUAAUAACAGCAUGAAAAUGGAUAAAUGGUUUCGUUCUAUAUUUGCAUUAUUGAGACAGUCAUUUUACGCUGUCAAAGGAUCAAGUUCGGCAACAGGAGCUUUGGAAAACUCAACGAAGAUAGAGUUGUAUAACGAUCUGGAUAAAAACCUAACAGUAUUGAACAAAAGCGCGAUGAGAUAUCUACUGGAAGGUCUGAAAUUCUUAUAUUUAAGUCUCAAACAAACAAGAAAUGCAGAAUAUCCUGUUAGCACAAACAACAUCACCGUUUAUAUCGAUAACACCAUCCUACAGAAUGUCACAAAUUCUUUGAUAGCCAUAAACGCAUACAUGAAUUCAAUUGCAUCUACCAUUAAAAUAAUCGCAUCAGACCGAAAGCAGAUCAUUAACUUUCAGGCGCAAUUGAAUGAAACUGUUAACAGAUCUACUCGAAAUAUAGCAAAUGCCUUCAUUAGCUUCAACCGAACAACAUUGAAAGCUCAAAAUGAACUCAUAGAAAAUUUGACUCUAACAUUUGAUAUAUACGGUCAAUCGCAUGGAUAUGUGUUAGAGCAGGUGAACAACUUUGGAAUCGAUAACAGCAGCCUGUUGAGAGCCUUGUCCAACAUGACGACCGAAAAAGAAAAAUCAUCGCAGAAUGUGAAUAAUAUUACGAACAAUACUAUUAACGAGGUCACAAAUCUACAAAAUCAUGUCUACAAUGUCACAGACGAACUGGUCAAAUCUAUGGAUAACAUCACCAGCAAGUUUGCAGUAGAAUCCCGUGCCAACGCUAUCUCAUGUACGCAAGAUUCCGUACGACAGCUUCUUCAGAGUGCGACACGUAUGCAACAGCUGGGUAGUUGUAUAACUACAGAAUUGACUAAAUUCUACCAGACUAGCAGCACUAUUCAAAGACAGUUGUGGAACGCCAUAGGUCGCAUCGCUUUCUCUACCGGGGAUUUACUGUCCAUGAAGUCAUGCCCCGAGGCUUCCGGACAGUGCUUCGAUAGCAAUCUUUUUUCGCUGAACGUCACUGCAUAUGCAAGCAGAAAAAUGUCAGAUACAGUCGACAUGUUCGUCAGUGAUGAACGCGCUAUGGGAUGGAGAAUAGUUGAUUGCUUCAACCAAGUCGGAAGGUCUAUUGUACUUUAUGCUCGGGAAAUCAACAGCAAGUUUUUGGAUUGUCUAAUGUUAUCAUAGAAAUGGUUCAAAUAAAAAAUUUAAUAGAAAUAAUAAAUUAUGAACAUUAUGGGUCCUAACGAUUUGGA